CGUACACAUAAAUUUGUAGUGAACAAUUUUAUGGAAAAAGACAAAAUUUACAAAAAUAUCUUCGCCUGCCAAAGAAGUUGAAUCGAAUGAAAAUGGAUGGAACCGCGCUGUCAAAGUUUUUGCAGAGUCAGAGCGUCAACUGGUUGCGGGGACUAUCACGGGUGCAGAUCGGUGCCUGUGACAUGCUGUUCCGUGCCCUGCGGGACGACACGGAACAGGAGUCGACGUAUCGUGUGUCUAGCUGCUUGUACCACUUGGGCCUUCGGCCUAUGGUGACAUCUUCCCGAAUCAAGACCAUCAUGAAAAUCAGUAAUGGCAGCGAACUAGCCUUUCUCUAUUUCAUCUGGGAGGCCGAGUACAAGCCGAUCGAUACCUCCGCCGACUCCGAGUGCUCCCGUAAAAAUUUCACGGUGAACGAACAGCUGCUCCUCUCGGCCAUUGCCCACCUGGAUAUGCCGGCCACCUUGCGCGAGCUGGACCGACUGCUGCCCCCAUGCACGCACUCGAAGAAGCUGCGACCCGGGGGCUGUGCCAAAAUUAGGCACAAAUCGGUAACACAGCCUAAGCCUAAGCACAGGGUUGAUUGUGAGUCUCCAUACUUUGCACCUCUGCCGCGGCCGAAGCUGUUCAAUCCGGCGGAAAACCAACAGUGGGGACCUCCCGACAGCAAGCUGCGCUUUCCCGAAUAUGACAACAAUAGGGGGCUGUACGAGAUUCCAGAGGAGGACUUACGGUGGUUCUCCUACUACAAGCUUUCACCCGCCAAGCGGGUGAUCAAGAAACUGCUGUCAGACGAGCUCAAUCGCCUGACUUUGGACCCCCCGAUGACGGGCGUUGGGGAGGAGGAGUCCCUGUGCCACACCCAUCGCCUGGUAAAGGAAGCCGCAACAAAGAAGAAGGAGGAGGUCGCCGAGGAAGCUUUCCAGAGAUGUAUGUCUCUACUGGACUUGUCGGGCUCCGACAAAAAGGCCUCUCGCAAGCGGGUCACACAGAAUCUAGAAAGAGAGAUCGAGUGCGCAGCCGAAAAGAUCCGACAUUUUUCCCAGCGACAGUUGAUCAAAGUCGGAAAGGUUCGCAGUGGGAAAGCGGACGGAACUUGUCAGGUGUGCACUCAUCUCGUAAGCACGCCCCAUACGAAAAGAGCCAGUAGGGCCGAUUUGUCGAUUCUUCUGGGCGCCGAUUUGCAUCCCAAAGCCCAUCCGCUUCCGGAAGAUGAUGGAUUGGUUAAAGUGGUGGAGCUGCAAGGAGGUCAGCAUUCAAACAGACGAUGUGGGGCCGGAGACUGCAAACUGGUGGAAGCAGACUGCAAACUGGUGAUCGGAGACGAGAUAUUGGUUGAACCCAGCGAAACGGAUAAGAAGUCGCUCAAAAGACAUACGCGUAAAACGGCCAGCCUUUUGAAUCACCCGCACAAGAGAAAGACUCGUAAGACGUCCAGCACCAGGCAUACAAAGAAAAAGUCGCAGAUAACCAAAGACGAUUCAAAGGUGCUCACCACAGACUUUAAAAAUCUCGCCGAUCUCAUUCCGCCCUGUAGUCGGACUCUCCAGUGUCCACGUAAAAAUCCGCUAGAGCAAGAGACAGACUGUUUUACCACAAGGACCGGCCAGGGCAUAGAGCUUGACUUCUUCAAGAUAUUCAAUCUACAAGGACUUGACCUUCAAGACGUUGAGCCGGGAUCGGACGACUUUCCCGUGGAUCUGGAGGAUAAGCAGCCGCUAAUCGAGAAACUUUGCAUUGCGGCCCUAGCCGGGAGCAACGGUGCGAGUCCAGGGCCAGAUAAAGAUAAUGAAUGGUCCUCGAAAGCUGUGCUCAAAGCGGCCGCAAGCUGCGCUAUCGGAGUAUUUAGAGAGAACGCCGCCGCAGAGGAAGCUGCAAUGGCAGCUGAGAAAAAAAAGGAGGAUGAGUCGAGGACGGUGCAGAGCGUGAAGCCCAUUAAUCCUGACGACAGGCAUCAAAUAGAGGCUCUGCUAAAGGCAGCCCUGAAGAUCAUGAAGUCCAAUCCCAACUAUGUUUUGGCGACAUUUCCCAAUGCCCACAAGGUGCCGAUGCUGAUAGAUUGGGUGUCCAAGCGCUACGGAAAGUCAUACACAAGCAUGGAGAUGCAGAAGCUGGUCAAUUCCUCGUGUCAACUCAUCAAAACUAUCGGUCUAAAGGAAACGGCCCGUCAAAAAAGGAUGCUAAAUGUCAAAACCCGCACUGACACAGGUUUGGUCAGCUAUACCCACAAAAAGAGAGUCAUGUGCCAAGCCAAGAAUAUGAAAAAGGAAUACUACGGCACACUUAAUCAAUUGGCUCUGGAGGAAACGCGUCUCACUUGGCUGGCCCUGCGCGGCGACUCCCACCUGGGCGGAUACAUCCAGGACACCUUCUUUGCCUACAUGCCAGCCAACGAAUCUGACCUGAAACGUCACAAUCUGUGGCAAUCGCGAGACUAUCGCGACAUGGUCUGCAGCCGUGAGCGACGUCGUCUUGCAUAAUGCUGUGGACAGUAGUCCUAGAUGGUCCUAGAUGACAGUGUGGAGCACUUACAUCUGCACUUCAUACCUGCAUGGGUACUUACUU